GGCCCUAACCGCAGUUGUGUGACCGCGUUCGGCGGGCGAGCACGGAAAAUAAGACAGUGAAACCUGCGAAAGCCGCUGGAUUUCAGCAGCGCCUUAAAUAGUUAUAGUUCGUAAAUUAGUCGCGACUGGUGACAGUGCCCCGAUAGCCAGAUAAGGCCAGAGUUCCGGGAAAGUGCCUCCAGAGCGAAGUGAAGCCAUGGCAAGGUGUCGCCACACCCCGCUUGCAAUCGCCCUUGCCCCGAUCUUGAUUUGUGCUUCGGUGGUCUUGGCCCAAGAUUUCGGUUACGAGGGCAGACACGGACCCGAGCACUGGGGAGAGGACUAUGCCAGGUGCAGCGGCAAGCACCAGAGUCCCAUAAACAUCGACCUGGUCAAUGCCGUGGAGAAGAAGUUCCCCAGUCUGGAGUUCUUCAAUUUCAACGUGGUGCCCAAGGCCUUUCAAAUGACGAACAACGGUCACACGGUGCUGGUGAAGAUGAGCUUCGAUGAGGACACGGUGCCCAGUGUGAGGGGAGGUCCCCUGGCGGAGAAAACCCCCUUGGGCUACCAGUUCGAGCAGUUCCACUUUCACUGGGGCGAGAACGACACGAUCGGCAGUGAGGAUCUGAUCAAUAACCGCGCCUAUCCCGCCGAGCUCCAUGUGGUGCUCCGCAAUUUGGAAUACCCCGACUUUGCCAGUGCCCUGGAUAAGGACCAUGGCAUCGCCGUGAUGGCCUUCUUCUUUCAGAUUGGCGUCAAUUCCACUGGUGGUUAUGAGGGCUUCACCAACUUGCUGGGCCAGAUUGACCGGAAGGGCAAGACCGUGAACAUGUCCAAUCCACUGCCCCUGGGAGAGUACAUUUCCAAGCAUUUGGAGAGCUACUUCAGCUACACUGGUUCCCUAACAACUCCACCUUGCAGUGAGGAGGUCACCUGGAUCGACUUCACAGUUCCCAUAGAUAUCACAGAAAAACAGCUAAAUGCCUUCCGCCUGCUGACCGCCAACGAUGAUCAUCUGAAGAACAAUUUCCGACCCAUCCAGCCGCUCAACGAUCGUAUUCUGUACAAGAACUAUAUAGAUGUGCCCACACACAACAUGGAUUCGGUUCCCUUUGUUGAUGCGGAGAACGCUGCUGGCAGUUGGAGGCCCCACUGCCUGGCCGUCCUGCUCCCCACUGUCGUCCUGGUGCCCCUGCUAAGGACCUCCGUGUUCCGGGGUUUUUAAUUAGAGUUCUGCGGCCGGGAAUCGAAGGUUAAAUCGUUAAAUGCCUGGUAUGCGCUUAGGCGUCCAAUUAGGCGCUGUAAUUUACAUUUUCCGCUCUUGUUCGCCGUCGCUGUUUGUUCUCCAAACACGACUACCUGUAAUUUCCCAAGGACGAGCCCGCCCCCGCCCCCGGCCAGGACAUCCAUAUAUCCACGGGGGCGAGGCUUCAGCCGGCACGAUACCCUUCCUCAUCAAUUAUGCAGCACCUCGCACAGAGAUUGUCCACCGCACCGCCAUCCGUCCAAAGAGGCCUGUGGAGCCCACUUGGCAGGGCACACUGUGAUUUUAAAUGCCUGGCACGAGCAUUAUUAGAUUUAAGACCUGUAAAUGUUUUUAUGUAAUCAAAUGAUGUUUAAUAAAUAUUUAUUUUAACAGAA